CAAUAUGGCUGCUUUCGGUUCGCAUGUAGUCCACUUCGUAGUCUUUUGAACGUCAAUUGUUCAUCUUAAUUGUUAUCAAUGGCGUCUAAGAAACGACGAAAGUACCAAAAGCGUCAUGCACACGAUUGUUUCGACUUCCAAGAGGAAAUAGAAGCCUUGUUUAACAAAAAAUUUGUUUUAAAAUCAAACGAGGAAGCAUGGGAACUUCCGCAUUCGUCUACUAUGUUUCAAGAACCACCAUUCAUUCUAGCCGACCUGAUCUCGCUAAAAGAUGAUUUGAAUCAGAAGAAGAGUUUGCUGAAUGAUAUGGAUAUUGUCAAAUGGCAUUUGCACACCCGUAGAACUCAUAAAGCCGGUCUUGUCGUGAAGCACCUCAGAGAGAACUUCAAUGCAGAGAUGUGUACACAGGCCUGGACUAAAUUCUACGAAAUCUUAAACACCUUUGAUCUUAUCCCAGAGGAUGCACAAAGGAGUGAAAAAUUUCGCUCUGUGCACCUCUGUGAGGCCCCUGGAGCUUUUGUUGCAAGUUUGAAUCACUAUUUGAAGAGCCAUUAUAACGGUAUGGAUUGGCAGUGGGUUGCUAAUACUCUGAAUCCUUACUACGAAGGAAAUGACCUGGAAGCCAUGCUGGAUGAUGACAGGUUUAUUUUAAAAACAUUGUCGCAUUGGAAUUUUGGUGUUGAUGGAACUGGAGACUUGAUGAAUCUGGCUAAUCUGGAUUCUCUUAAACAGGAGACAGGUGAAAGUCACUUGGUGACAGCAGAUGGCAGUAUUAAUUGUGCUAAUCAACCCGAUGAACAAGAAAGUCUUGUGGGGCAAUUAAUCUUCUGUGAGGCAGUAGCUGCUAUGAACCUACUUUGCCAAGGAGGAAACUUUGUGUUCAAAAUGUUCACUGCACUUGAGCAUCAAAUGGUUUCUCUGAUGUAUCUUCUUGCUUGUGUUUUUCAAGAAAUACAAGUCAUUAAACCAGGUACUAGUAAAUCUGGUAAUUCAGAAGUAUACAUUGUAUGCCUCCAAUUUAUUGGAGAACAGCAAAUUCCAAGUUGCAUUUUGGAAGAACUGAGAAAGGCUUUCACUCCACACUGCCCAUUACCAAGCCUCUUUUCUUUACAAUCAAUUCCCACCACUUUUCUUGAGAGAUUGAGAACAUGCCAGAAGUACUUUACGGGACUUCAAAUGGAAGCCAUUGAUCUGAACAUUCAACAGUUCCACUACAUGACUUCUGCAGAGAGAAAGGCACACAAUCAACUUCGUCAGCUUGUGGUGGAAAACUAUGUAGAAAAAUUCCACUUGCAGCCAAUCAGUGAAGAGGAGCAUGUAGUAAUAAGUACCAGCUUAAGCUUCAACAGAGGGCCCACAUAUUGUGUCCCUUUUGCUGAGACUUUUGCUGGUACACGUCAGAGGGGAAGUUAUAACCAGAGACAAGGAAAUCUUCACCAGAACUGGCUGGACAAAAUCAAAGUUGAUAGUCAGUUAAAAUUUUGUCCAUCUCAUUCCAGAACUUUGCAAGACCUUUCUCAAGUCAGUAGCAGCGUCCCUCUUAUUCCACUUUCUCAUGAUCAAGUUGUAUGGUUACCAAGGACAAAGAGUUCUUCACCAGAGAGCUGGAAACCUAAGACUGCAGCUCGUUUUUUGACCAUUUUGAAUUCACGUUUCUGCACCCCAAUCUACAUUAGCAAGUUGCAGGAGGCACAUCAACAGGCAGCAAUUCUAAGAGAAGAAAAUGCUGACAAUCUCAGAGGUCUUUUGGACAAAGUGAAUCCUUCAAACAUUGUCAAGAUGUCAAGUGGAGGGGAAGCAGAACUGCGAAAUCUUGAUAAUCUUGUUUUCUUUUCGGAAAUGGCAAAGGGUGAAAAUUAUGGAAUUGUGCUGAAUCUUGUCAGUGGCCCAUACUCCUUAGAACAAUACUUACAAGAGAAGAGUGCAAGAUUCAACUCCAUUUGGUUACACAUGUCAACAGAAAGUGGAACACCUCAUGGAGCUAUUAACAAUGAAACUCUCUGUAACUCCCGGAGAGUAAACCUUGUCUUUGCCAAUUUCAGCCACACUAAUGAGUUGAGUUCAAAACGAGAGAUGGUUUAUCUUUGCAUAGUUGCUCUGAGGCUUUUAGAAAGUGGAGGAAUGUUUGUCCUUAACUUUCACCAGACACUGACAAGGUUCAGUGUCGGCAUUUUGUUUAUAAUGCACCAGGUGUUUGAUAAAUUAGCCAUUGUUAAACCAGUGGUGUCACAUCUUUUCAGCCCACAGAGGUUUCUGGUAUGCAAAGGAUUUCUCAAUGAUGUUGAACAUUACAUAACCUAUCUUGCACAGGUUUUUGAUCAGCUCUCAAAACUGGAUCAGGAGAAAUCAGGAUUUGAUGUUGUUGAGAUUGUUCCAAUGGAUCUUCUGUAUAGUGAACAGUUUUACUCAUUUGUUAAGCAGACAAAUGAGCAAUUGGCUUAUUUACAACUUAAGGAAAUUGUUCAACUGGAAAAUUUCUUUCUUAAUCCUGAUCAAUUACCAUUGUCAGAAGAAAUUUCAAAUCUCAAAAAGGAGGUUACAGCAUACUUAAAAUAAGUGUACAACCUUCAUACCCCAGGACAGUUUUAUACCAUGAAAUGAAUGUUGAACCACUUAAAUGAAAAUAUAGCAAAUAAAUAUUGAUUGGUGGCUUGUGUUAGAUUAACUUUAAAUUAGCAACUGUGUGUGAUCAAGAGUUCUUUUAACCUCUAACUCCUGGAAGUGAUUGACAUUCAACUUCUUCCUAUAAUAUCCAUACAUCAUCCAACAAAUGGGUCGUAAGAAUACUCAAACUUGUCAGGUGAAGGUUAUCUUGAUCUUAUACCAAAUUCUUGUAACUUGUUUACAAGAAAAUGUGUUCCAGCUAGAGGGGAGAAUUAACAAUCAGAUCUUUGAGAAGUGGAAAAAGGCAGUAGAGACAAGACCAACUUAUGCCUCAGCCCAUCACUUGCUUUAGUUUUUUGCACUGAUGGGAAAAUGAACUCCUUGUCAUACAUUAAUCAAGAUGGGGCAGCAGGCAAAGUGACUGCUGGUCUAGCUUGAAACUCUGAAAACUGUGAACACCUUCAAUUUGACUGUGACAGGUCAGUUGCCCGCUAAUCAAUUCCAAGUAAGUUCAGGACAAGCAAACAAUCCUCAAAUCCACAACCUGGUUACCAGUUGAUUAUGGUUUAGUUGUCUCACACCUAGUUACACUGAACAUUUUUUGGGGAGCAUGAUAACAUUUUCACACAAAUCCUCAUGUUCAUAGUUGUUAGACUUUUACAAAAAUGUUCAAAGCUUUCACCCACAAGAUCUCACUAGUUAUUCUCCUUACUGUCUGCCACUCAAUUCUCAUGAUGUUAUUUAGGAGCAUUUGGUACUGGACCAACUGAUGAACCCCUUGUUGAUACAUUUCUUUAUUCUUAUUACUUUUCUGCUUGUUAUUGUAUUGAUUUGUAGGAAGAAAUUCUGUCUUGGUUGGGCAUGAGAAUUAAAAGCCAAGGAAGCUAUGGGAAGUUAUCCUUUUUUUGCACUUUUAUCUAGGACAUUCUUUUAGACACUCUAAAAUGAAGGUGAAAGGAACUGCCACUUUCGUAUUUUUCAUUCAAAAGGAAACAAUUAAAUACAUAGUUGCCAAA